AAUUAGCCGCCGCUUAGGUGGAUAUUAAUGCGAUCGCAGUGCUUCACUGGCCGAAUUUCAGUCGCCAUGAGAGGAUCCUACUUGUCUAAGCAGCGAAUCCAGCCCCCAAUCAGCAUUGGUUUCAAAGCACCGCAUCUCCAUCCAUCCAUGUUUCCGUCUCCUUCCCCUUUCCUAAUCGAAUAUCUAGGCCGUAAUCUUGCCUAUACUCAUUUUUUACAACCGAAGAAUUUUUCUAUAUCCAACCUGCGCACAUACUCUAACCACUCCGCUUCUAUUUGUGGCCUGCUUUUAAAUUAGCAACGACCCUCUUGCUCAGCCCUGCUUAGUCAUCGCCCCUCUACCCCCUCCCCCCCCCCAAAAAGGCACCAGCGGAGAAUCCCUUUUCAACGAUCGACGAAAGGGGAAUUCAGGGACUUUCAUGGUGUCAAGCUGUCUCUUUAAGUGCUGAAGUCGGAGCUGGCCUCCUCAUGUCUAAUGUUGCUUGACGAUGAGUACAUUCCACAAUUUUAUGCUGCAAGCCAAAAAAGCACGCGCUGCCAUCAACAGAGGCAAGAGAUCCGACGCCAAGAAGAGCAAUUCCUCCAAACACGGUGCAGUGCCAUCUUCCGUGUCGCUAGUGGACAUAGUACCUACCUCGGCCCCCUGGGAUCUACUCCCCGUCGAAAUCCAGAUUAAGAUAUUCGCCCACUGUGGCGUCACCGAUUUACUGCCGCUGAAGCUCGUCUGCAAGUCAUUCUACCAGCUGCUCACCUCCCAGGAACAAUGGAUCACACGCCAGUACCUGCGCCAACGGCGCGGCGGAACGCUCCCAUCCCCUAUCGACGGCGAAAAAACAUACACUAGAAAUCCGGAGGAUGAUGUGGUGCUCCUGUCGGACCUGUUCCCCCCAGCGAAAAGUGCCAGGGGUGGCCAUAUCUACACCUUCAAAUACAUCUUCAGUCUUCGCCGUCGGCAGAAGCUUUGUUCGAAGCUCAGCUGCUACCUUGCGGACCGCGUCAUGGAUCGGUUCGUGCAUAGCGAGCCAGGCUUCAUGAAGUCGGUCUUCUCUCAUAAAGCUGAACGACAUGCUUUUGUGCAGCAGACGACCGCGCGCCUAUGGUUCUACCUCACUCCACUGAUGUAUUAUGCGCUUUACUUCCUGGAAACAUAUGCUCUCGCCAGACGUGAGCAGACCAACAUUCUCUUACGAGAGUUUGAGGCCGGACGUCUUCCGGUCCCCAUACCCCCCAAAAUUCGUAAAGUCAUGUACCGGGAGCUGCAAGUAAAGAUAAUCAAAGCGCCCCCUUUCACCGACACAGCCACUCUCAUAGCCACGCACCACUGCAUGCAACUCCUAGUCUCCUAUCUGCGGUAUACCGUACCACCCGAUGAGCCUACGGUGUCAAAUGAUAGUUGGAUUGGGUCACUGCUCACUGUAUCCCCGUUCCUACGGAUUGUGGAAUAUUUCUCCGCGGAAAUCGGCGAUGGUGGGAGCCAGCGAAUGCAGCGCAAGGAGUUUAUGCACAACUUCCACAACGAUAUCACUUUGAAUGAGAGGGACGACAUUCAGUCGCUGGUGUUCCAGGUCUCGCCAAACGUCCAUCUUCAUGGCUCUGUGGAAGAUGUCUGGUUCAAUGUGGUGGAGGAAGAGUUGGCUUCGAGGCAUGCGGUGCCGCAUGAUGCCGAUCGCGUCAUGGUCUGGAACGGGCUGCCUGUCUUACUAUCCUGUCGCGAAUGCCGCGUGAGAGACGGCUGGCAUGCGUAAAUCAUUCCAUUUUGGAUUUAGCAAGCGCUGCGUUAUCCUGCAUUGUUUUGAGGCAAGGCGUUCCAGCGGGGUUCUUGGAGUGUAACUAUAUGAUGGCGGGAGACGUAGCGGGUGUCAAUUUAUCUUUUGCUUUUUUUUUUUUUAUUUUUCUCCCAAG